UGAGGAUUUGGCGGGAUUUCCGAAAGUCGCGCGCCGUGCGCAGAUCCGCGCCUGGGCAAAGCCGAGGCGCUCCCACAGGUGUGGCCAGGAAGACUGAAAUUUUUCGUAGAAAACCUGACAGAGGAGCAACGAAGCGCGUUCGAGCCGGGUGAAGUGGGGGGAGUGUGGUGUGUGCAGAGCCGGCUGCCCGGAGGAGCGAGCGGCCCGUGGCCGCGGGACAGUCAUGGCUAUGCAAAUGCAGCUUGAAGCAAGUGCAGAUACUUCAGUGGAAGAAGAAAGUUUUGGUCCACAGCCUAUUUCACGGUUAGAGCAGUGUGGCAUAAAUGCCAAUGAUGUGAAGAAAUUAGAAGAAGCCGGUUACCAUACAGUGGAGGCUGUUGCUUAUGCACCGAAGAAGGAACUAAUAAAUAUUAAGGGAAUUAGUGAAGCCAAAGCUGACAAAAUUCUGACUGAGGCAGCAAAAUUGGUUCCAAUGGGUUUCACCACGGCAACUGAGUUUCACCAGCGCCGGUCAGAGAUCAUACAGAUAACUACUGGCUCCAAAGAGCUGGACAAGCUGCUUCAAGGUGGAAUUGAGACUGGAUCUAUCACAGAGAUGUUUGGAGAAUUCCGAACUGGGAAGACACAGAUCUGUCAUACGUUGGCUGUUACAUGCCAGCUCCCCAUUGACCGUGGUGGAGGUGAAGGGAAGGCCAUGUACAUUGACACCGAGGGCACCUUUAGGCCGGAGCGGCUGCUAGCAGUAGCUGAGAGAUACGGUCUCUCUGGCAGCGAUGUCCUAGAUAAUGUAGCAUAUGCGCGAGGGUUCAACACAGACCACCAGACCCAGCUCCUUUACCAAGCGUCAGCCAUGAUGGUAGAAUCCAGGUAUGCACUGCUUAUUGUAGACAGUGCUACUGCCCUUUACAGAACAGACUACUCAGGGCGGGGAGAGCUUUCAGCCAGGCAAAUGCAUUUGGCCAGAUUUCUGAGGAUGCUGCUUCGACUUGCUGAUGAGUUUGGUGUCGCAGUGGUAAUCACCAACCAGGUAGUAGCCCAAGUAGAUGGAGCAGCCAUGUUCGCUGCAGAUCCCAAAAAACCCAUUGGAGGGAACAUCAUCGCUCAUGCGUCAACCACCAGGCUGUACCUGAGAAAAGGAAGAGGGGAGACCAGAAUCUGCAAAAUCUAUGACUCUCCCUGUCUUCCUGAAGCUGAAGCUAUGUUUGCCAUUAAUGCAGAUGGAGUGGGCGAUGCCAAAGACUGACUCCUUAGGCUUUCUUUCCUGUGAUGCUAUACGGCUUUUCUAAAUGCUCUACAGCUAAUGGAGAGGACUGUGUACUGGGCUUCUUCACAGGCUCAUGUUGUGACUGCCCCGCAUGGCUUCCGGGAAAACAACUAUUGUAUCAGCUCUCUGGUAGCAGAAACACAUCUGAUCUGAAAGGUUUCCUGUAGAGUCUAUUAAUAACUGAUUUCUUUGGUGUUUAGAGGAGAAGUAUGAAAUAGCAGGUGUGGGGCAGUCUUUUGUCUUCAGGAGAAGUAAACUGGAAAGAUCCGAGUACUCUCACUUCUCAAGGAUGGUAAACUAAAUGCCUGAGGAUCUGUAAGUGGGAAUGGGUGGUUUACACAUUCUUUUCUCUGUAAGACAGAUGCAAACUUAGUUAUAUGCCUGAACUGUCACAUCAUUUUAAAAUUUAUUUUUGAUUAAGGAGUCUUACAUGCAGCAUGCUAGACUACGAUCCCUGCAUGCUUGUUCUCUAAAUUACUAAGACUUCACUUAAGGAAAUUUGUUCUGCUGCUAAUAAAGUAGUUGUGUGCAGUGGAUGUGUUAUUUGCUGGAGAUAUUCUAGUGCAAACUGAAUAUUGCAAAACAGGGUUUCUAUAACAGCUUUCGGUACUGUGUUGUUCGUUAUGGUCAGCUGCAGUUGUAAAGUGUGAACCUGAAAGAAAGCCCAGCAUUCAGGUUACUGCAUUGUAGCCUUUGGCCGAAGAAUAAGAACCCCAGGCUGGUUUACUGUAUCUUUCCUGUGGUCUUUGUUUUUAUUGUAUAAGUUUUGUGUUGCAGAGGUCUGACAUUACUCAAAUAACUCUACAUCAGGAGUAUUUCCAAAAACUAUAGUCUUCUUUUGAGUCAUUGAGUCUCAUUAUUAAAAGAAUUUCAAAACAGA